CUCCUCGUUUCUCUCUCUCUCUAUAUAAAUAAAGAUAUCUGUGCACACUGAAAAAUGUUUUCCAUUUAAGCUCACUCUUCUCUAGAACAGUCUAAGCUCUCUAUACCUAAUGGAAAAAGCUAACCGGAAAACACAUGGGAGUACUGAUCCCGGCGCCGAACACACUACCACCGGUAAACGAGCUAAAAUGCAAAAUGACGAUGAAGAAGAAGAAGAAGGCGAUAUGAUGGCUUGGUUAAGCUUGGACGACGAGAAAAUGACUGAGCUUUCCAAUGUACUGGACCCUGAUACUGCGUCGUUUCAGCAGUCGUUCAGAGUGAGGUUCAUUGAAAACCCGUACAUCCCGCCGGUGAUCGUACAGUCCUCGUCGGGUUAUAUUACUAUAAACGGCAACGAGGAGUCAUGUGGCUCGUCAUUUUCCGACUUGGACUCGUCGGCCAUGGCGAGUGUAGAUAGGGGGAGCUUGAAUGGGAUUUUAUUCGAGGCGAUUAAAGGAAAAGGUGUCGCGUGGGGUUCAGACGCCGAUGAGGCAGGUGGAUGGAUGGAAGAAAAUGGUGAUGACGUGGCGUCGUGGAGUUGGGGUAAACAAAUGGACGAUGAGGAUUUGUUUGGUUGUUAUGGCGGUGAAAAGAUGGACGAUGAUGAUGAUGAAGCUAGCUGCGGUAAGUUUCUGGGGGAAGACUUGUUUGGAAAUUGGGACACUGUAGAAAAUUGGUGAAAAUUAUUUUGGGGGGAUUUUGUAAUUACUUAAAACUUAUAGGACGAUGGUGAAAAAACCAGUUUUGGGGUUGGGGCUUUACAAAUGCUAAUAUUAGAUAUAUUUGUUAGUACUUCUUUUCUAAAUGAAUAUGGAAGAGUUGUGCUUUUCUGUUC